AACGGACGCGAAGCUUUCGACAACCUUCUACAUACUAUGUACGGAAAGGCAUAUAAACUGAGAGAUGCGCGAGUACUUAAGAUCAUAAUCGAGUUGGCAAAUUACUAUUGCGCUCUUCCAGUAGUAUCCCAUACUCUCAUAGGGGCUUUGUUGAAAGGACGAAUCGAGGUGAGUGACGAUGUUCGGUCCAACUUCCGUCAUUCAUGCCUUUAUUGUGGUUCUCAAUCGACGUGCUAUCAAAGCUUGAUGAGACAGAUGCGAUUGCCCUACUUCCACUUUCAGAUAAAUUCCGCAAUGCCGAACUUUUCAGAGAGUGCAUCACUGUCCUUGCAGGCAGCUGUCAGACCAAGGAUAAAGACGGUUCAGAGCUCGACAUUCCAGAAGGCCUUCAAGAGAUUGUCACCAAGACAGCCAAUGGCAUCAAUCGACUCUUGUCCGUCUACCAACGAUGCAUUUUAGACCCCGCAAAGAACUAUGCCGCUGUCAAACAAGCCAUAGAUGACAUUGUCCUCGAACAAGCCGAAGAUCCGUAUGGCCCUACAAUCGUAUGCUGGAAAGAGCAACAAUGUCGAUGAGGCUUUGGAUCAUCAUUUGAACAGGGCACUGAAGAUUGAGCUGGUCUUUCCGGAGAUUGUCUGGUUGGACCAUUAUUAUCGUGCGACGGACUUCCUCCGCGCAUUGUUGAUGACGAAGAUUUGCCUUGGAAUCCAGCUGAGAAGGAUUGGUAGAGCUCGUCCUUCGAUCGGACAAUGGUGAGCGAGCCUUUUGAGAAAACCU